CGUCACGCGCUACUUUCAGUCGACCGCCUGAUUUGUGUACGAAUCGUUAGGACGAUGUGCUAGCGAGGGAAAAAGGAGGCGUAAAUUGGCGAAAACGAACGGAACACCGAACCGUUUGCGCACUUGCAGUGCUGGUUUAUGACACACGCCCUUUGAGACAUAAUCCGCGGGAAAAAAAAGCAGAAGCUCGCGCGUUCGUUUGUCUAGCAGUCAGUCGCGACUAAACGACCGUGUGAUUUCAGCACCAGCCCGAGGACAGCUCGCGCUAGCAUGUGUUGUUACUAUAGUAAAACGGUGUAAACGCCAGUGUGUUGAGGAGAUCAGAACGGAAUGGCAUCGCGGUGGAUCCCGUUCGUCGCUUUACUGUGGGAGUUCCAGUGCUGCGUGUGCCGUGAGGUCACUCUUCCCGCCGGGCCGCUGUACCGGGUCGCAGGCUUCUCGCUGUCACUUCCCUGCGCCGUUUCGGGAUACGAAGGCCCGCGGACGCAGGAUUUCGAGUGGUACCUGUACCGGGAGGAUGCUGGGGGUCGGCAGAUCGGUGUGGUGUCCACACGCGACGCGGGCUUUCCGUACGCACCGUUCCAGAGUCGUGUGCAGGCCGGUGAGGUUCGAGUCGAGAGGGAUUCGGGCGACAAAGCCAGACUGAUCAUCCAGAGGCUGCGUCCAGACGAUCAGGGCCGUUACGAGUGUUACACGCCCAGCACUGACACCCGCUUCCUAGGGAACUACAGCUCAUCAGUGGUGGUCAAAGUGAUUCCCGACACGCUGCUCAUAACACACUCUCGCAUUCUGAGCGGCCAGCCGGUUAUCGAAGGCACAGAGCUUCAGCUGACGUGCGCCGCGUCUGUCCAAUCAGAUCAGCACACUCACGUGUCCGUCACGUUCGGCGUGCGCACCAGCAGGGGGGCGGAGUCUCUGGGGCACAACCUGAGAGAGAUCAUCGGCUUCGACCGCGAGCUGCGUGUGACGCCGGGCCGCAGCGGCGCCUACGGGAGGAGAUACAGGGACGGAGAGAUCGCUGUGGAGAAGCGCAGAGGAGACGGAGGCCGGGAUCUGUACGUGCUGAAGAUGAGCGCUCUGGCACCCGAGGAUUCUGGGUCGUAUUUCUGCGAGGCUGCGCAGUGGAUCAGAGAUCCGGAUGGCAAAUGGGAACGCCUCGCACAGAGGACCAUGGAGCUCGGGAAUCUCACCGUUCAACCGCUUGCGGAGACACUGAGUGUGCGCACCGUCCCGGACGGAGACGUCUCUCUGCGGCCCGGCGCUCCGCUCCGCCUCCGCUGUCAGGUGUUGGGUGUGGGUGUGUGGAAGCGCUCGGCGCUGCUGGUGCAGUGGAUGCGGCGCGGGCCGGCGGGGGGCGUGGAGGUGGAGGUGGUGCGUGUGGAUCCUGACGGUGUUGUGGCGUGGGGUGAUGAUGUCAGCAGGGCUGGAGGAGGCAGCAUGGAGAAGGAGGCGGACGGGAGCUUCUCUCUGCACCUGUUCUCCGUUCACCCCGCUGACGCCGGACUCUACUGCUGCGCCGUGAGCGUCUACGCCGGGAGGAGAACACCAGCGCCGGAGAGCCCAGCCACGAUCACACAGAGAUCAGAGUGGGUCACUGUCAGCCUGAAGACUGAAGAGGUGCGUGUAUCUGCUAGCAUUGAUUUGCCGCGUCGUCCGCUCCUGAAGCGCGGCAGCACCGUCACCCUGCUCUGUAACGUCUCUGUGGAAGCCACCGGUGCGUCACGCGUGGAGGUGCAGUGGCUUCAGACGCCGGAGGAGCCGGCGAGGAAAGACCCCGCGCUUUCUGAGGACAGCGGACGCCUCCUCCUGGCGACUCUGAGCUACGACGGCCUGACGCGCAUCUACAGCAACGGCAGCGAUCUGAGCGUGGACCGCGUGUCCGCCGGCUGCUUCAGGCUGAGGAUCUUCUCGGCCGCGGAGGAGGAUCAGGGACACUAUCAGUGCCGAGCCCAGGUGUGGGCGCAGGAUCCGCGCGGAGGGUGGUACAGCAGCGGCGCUGAAGCCCAGUCUGUGACCGUACACCUGUACCUGUACGCACGAGUCACUGAUCUGCUGCUCUUACCUCUCGUCAUCGGCGUGUCGUCGGCGCUGUUUGUGGGGAUACUGAUUAUCGCCACCGUGACGUGCUGCUUCAUGAGCAGACUGGCUAGACAGCGCUCACGCAUACGGAAGUAGGAAAUAUGAGAGAGACUUUCUUGGGAAAACAGUUGCAUAUACACAAACGCAUGCAGAUUCACUUCAAGCUGUGACGUUGUGAUUUGCACUGUUUCUUUUCACUCCACUUUGACAAAGUUAUUAAUUUCUCUGUGCGUUUGCUCAUAAUGAAUGAAAAGACGUCUGGACUAGAGUCUCUUGGAGAACCACUGUUAAUAAACGCACUGAAUCACUC